CAUCAACCCCAGCACCCAUCUACCCUCGCGCAUACACUCAUCUACACCUGUAUCGGGUACCUCAAAACCCAUUCCGAUUAGCAGGCGAUGCCAGCGCCCCCCAAUUGACCAGCCUCCGAAGCGCGUUGCUACACCUACUAUCCCGUCAACGACUAACACCUCACCCACCACCACCCUCAAUAUCAUUCAAAAUGGCCUCACCAAACCACGCGCAACCUCCCACCACCCAGCCCAUCACACCCCCGGCCGAACCAUCAAGCACGCAACCCACUGCAUCCCAAAACACCACCACCACCACUACCGCCCCCGCCGCAGCACCACCAACAACAACCACAACCAACAACCCCAGCACCGCACCCGCCGCGAACACCAACCCCAGCGCCCAACCGACCCAAAUCCCCUCCACCUCCCUCAAAGACAGCGGCAAAUCACGACGUCCGCGCGAUGUCCGACUCAUCCACAUGCUCCUCUCCUCGCUGGGAGUAACAGCAUACCAAGAGCGCGUUCCACUGCAACUCCUCGACUUCGCCUACCGCUACACGUCCUCCGUACUGCAAGAUGCCGUGCAUCUCGCGACAGAAGGCUACGCCGGUGGUCCCGAGGCCGCUGGUGGUGGUGGAAGUUCCCGCGCCGGCGCGUCCGAAAUUAAUACGGUGUCGCUACCGGCGCUGCGGCUGGCUAUUGCGUCCCGACUGCAUUAUCAGUUCCAGGCGGGAUUGCCGAAGGAGUUUUUGAUGGAUGUGGCGGCGGAGAGGAAUCGCGUGGCUUUGCCCGGUGCGAGCCGUGGGUUUGAUAGUCAGGGGAUGGCGAAGACCGCGGCCGCGAAUCAGAGUGUCGUUAUGGGUGGGAUGAGGUUGCCGCCGGAGAGGUUCUGUUUGACGGGUACGGGGUGGAAUAUGAGGGAGGAGUGGGAAAGUGAGGGCGAGGAGGAGGUGGAAGAGUCUGGGGAUGCUGGGAGGG